CAGAUAUUGGAUGUUGGAUGUUGAACCGCGUCAUACGACAGUAGCGGUGUAGAUGUCGGGUUUAAGACCGAGGCUUCCAACAUUUUCCCAGAGGAUUCUGUUUGCGCAAAUGUGUCUGUGUGAUCAUCACUGAGUAGAGAUUGAAAUGUCAGUUUUGCAAUACGUACCCUUUGAAACAGUAGUCGACACUGCCUUUUGGCAUGGCUUAGCUGAUCGAAAACUCAAUAAAUACCGUCUGUCAGAGGGUCCCUUCAAGAUAUCUGCUCAGUUCACGAAUAAUCAGGCCCUCGGCAUAUCCCCUAGGAUAUCGGUUGACAUCACUUCUUUCUGUGACAGCAAUGUGGUGAGGAGUUCGGUAUCAUCCAGCUUCAAAGUCUUUGGUGAAUUAUUCACGUUUAACAGUUUGGAUGAGUUCAAGAGUCUUGAUAAACAGUCCUUUCUAAAUGAACAUGGUUCCGUAAUAAUGACAGAGGCUCUUUCACAGAAUGAAUUUCUGAAAAACCCUAUCGUGCUCUUGCGGUUCCUACUCUUAACCUACUGUGACCUCAAAAAACACAAAUUUUACUUCUGGUUUGCUUACCCAGCAGUUUUACAUUCAGAGCAGCCAAUGUUUUCGUGUAUCAGGAGUGUCAGGGAAGAAUUUUCUGAAGACCAGGUCAUGUGUAUAUUGCAUUCAUUUGACUGCUGGCGCAAGGAAGAUAAUUCUCCUUUUUUCGUUGUGCGAUUAGAUCCGUCCAUAGAAGUUCGCCCAUUGUCAGGUUUUGAGUUAGAACCCUCUGUGUAUGUUGGAAUGUGUGAUUCAUCUGUUGACCCACAGUUCCCUUGUUGGUUUUUACGCAAUCUGCUGUAUGCACUAUCCGCUACUUUAGUGCAAACAGAAAGUUCUGUUAAAGUACUGUGUCUCAGGGAUCGUUUUGUUUCAGGACAAAGAUGCUGGGAGCAUAGCAUUGUAAUUCAUGCCAAAUUACGACCAACAACUCCAAUUUUCAGUCAAUUCGUUGGUUGGGAGAAAUGGAAAAAGCAGUUAAAACCGCGUGUUGUAGACCUCAGCACAAGUAUGGACCCCGUUAAAUUAGCUGGGUCAGCUGUAGAUCUGAACUUGAAGUUAAUGAAAUGGAGACUCAUGCCUGAUUUAAAACUCUCGAUAUUUCGUGAUACAAAAUGUCUGCUGAUAGGUGCAGGUACUUUGGGUUGCAAUGUUGCUCGUCAACUCUUAGCUUGGGGAGUUCGUCAUAUCACUCUAGUGGACAACAGCUCAGUUUCGUUUUCUAACCCUGUACGACAGUCCUUGUAUGUUUUUUCUGAUUCAGUAGGUCCCAGUAAAAAUAAGGCUGUAGUUGCAGCUCAGGCACUAAGAGCGAUUUUCCCAGGCGUGGAAGCAAGUGGAUUUGACCUUUCUAUACCUAUGCCAGGGCAUCCUGUAUCUUCCCAUAGUAUAGUGCCACCUGGUGAUGCUCAAGAAUCAGAAUUUUGUACUUUUGGUCAGUGCGCGGAUACUUGUCGCAAAUUAAGUGAUUUGGUUGGCGAACAUGAUGUUCUGUUCCUAUUGACGGAUACUCGAGAGUCUCGUUGGUUGCCUACAGUUCUGGCGAAUAUUCACGGAAAACUUGUAAUAAAUGCUGCUCUUGGUUUUGAUACAUAUUUGGUCAUGCGUCAUGGCAUCCGUGGUCCAUUUAUUUCACCAAGCUCUGGAGACGUCAGUGAUCUCACUUCGUGUAUUCGUUAUCUUAAGUGUGAAGAAAUGAGUCUCGGGAAGAAAGAUCCUGCUUUAAAACCUAAAGUCAUACCUGGCUCUUUCUUGGGUUGUUAUUUUUGCAAUGAUGUAGUUGGACCAAUGAAUUCAACACGCAAUCGUAGCCUCGACCAGCAGUGUACUGUCACCCGACCAGGUGUUUCUAUGAUCGCUGCUGCUUUUGCUGUCGAAUUGAUGAUCAGCAUACUUCAACAUCCUCUUCAGUAUAAUGCCCCAGCCGAUACAUUAUCGCAGUUGUGUGAAACGGAUGCAACUAAAAUGUCUCUUGGGCUUGUUCCCCACCAAAUAAGGGGAUUUCUCUCUCACUAUACACAAGUCUUACCUGCGACGGUGGCAUUUAGUAAGUGUUCAGCGUGUUCACAGUCUGUACUGGAUGCAUACAAAGAAAGAGGAUUUGAUUUUCUUUGGAAGGUCUUUGAUGAUGCUUCUUAUCUUGAAAGUGUAUGUGGUCUGCGUGACCUACAUGAUGAGUGUAACGCUGAAUCAAUUUUAAUGCUAAGUGAUGUCGAUGACUGAUAUUAUAUCAGUCUUAAAAUUUUCGUCGCAAUGGAGAGUUUAAAACAGACAAUGAGUCACUUUUUGGUCAAUAAAUGCUUUGUUACUUCUAUUGGUAAUUUUACUGUUAAUAUGCAUAUAGAUAUAAAUUUUAACCUUUGAACGUGGCUACUUUUUCAUUUAUUGAACAUUAACAGCUGUCAUUGGGUUUCUGGUUUUAUGUUUUAGUCCUUUCUGUCACGAAUAAAUCAUAUGCAUAUACUGCUAACUUCAUAUUUUAUCAGUGUGUAAUUUAGAUUUCGAGUUUGAAGUUCGGUUGGUCUCAAUAUGAUUUCAUGGUAUUGUGUAGCAGUUCAUUUGACGGAAUGAGAAUGGAGGUAACAUUUGGUAGUAGUAGGAGUGCUUAUUAAACUUAAGGAAGUACCAUUGAGAAUUUCCAUUACAAUUUGG